AUGGUCGAUUCAGUCGAAGUGAUCGGCCCGCGACUGGCCAUCCUACGUCUACGCAUCGACAAGCGCACUUUCGUUAGUAUUAUCAACUGCUAUGCACCGACGUCAACAGCUACGGACGAAGAAAAGGACGCGUUCUACAAGGAAUUGGAGGAGAUGAUAAAAAGGGAACGGUCCUACUACAAAUAUGUUGUCGGAGACUUUAACGCAGUCAUCCAUGAGGAAAUGCCAGCGACAGCGCGCAUUGGGCCACACGGAACCGGAGAAACAAACGAGAACGGCGAACGUUGA